UUCGUAGCUGUUGUCGUCGUUGUCAACUUCUCAUUCACUAACUUGGAGUCGAACACGGCAAGCCAAGUGCAUUCAAGCUGGAGUCUCUAACGAGGACAAAUCUCAUCUAGACCCGGAUCUUUGGCAUAUACAGUACAUGUUACUGUAAAGACUUGCUACGAAACAGGACUUUUCUCUUCAAGCAGUAAAACAAGCAGCAGUGAUGGAGGAUUCAACAGUAGUUGACCAGCAGCCCACCAACUCCGCGUACGAGAACAACGUUGCCUCGACGCCGGCGCCGACCCCGUGCUAUGACGAUCUGUUCCCGGCCCUGCCGGAGAGCGCCCCACCGCGCUUCAACAACCCGACCUUGUCGGCGGCCACCCAGAACAUGCGCGUGGGCAGCUCGGUCGUAACCCAGGUCUUCAUCGUACCGUCCGGCGAGCGCAAGUACGACUCGGACAAGUUUGGCGAGGGCGAAUCGUUGCGCACCUGUCAGAACAUCAUGAAGGAAACCAACGCCCACAUCGAGAUCUCGAGUGGCAAGGACCAAUCGUUGACCUUCCUGGUGACUGGCAAGCCGAACGAGGUGAUCGAGGCCCGCCGUAAGAUUUUGGUCCACUUCCAAACCCAGGCGAGCAAGUCGAUCAGCAUCCCGCGGGAGCACCACCGCUGGAUCCUCGGCAAGAAGGGCGAUCGGCUGCGCGAGCUGGAGAAGAUCACCGCCACCAAGAUCGUCGUGCCGCGCAUCAACGAUGAGUCGGACAUCAUCACCAUCUCCGGUACUAAGGAAGGCAUCGAGAAGGCUGAACAUGAGAUCCGUACCACAUCCGAUGAGCAGUCGCGUAAGGCCUUUGAGCGGGUUAACAUCCCCAAGAUUUACCAUCCGUUCAUCAUGGGACCCCACAACGAGAACGUCAGCAAGAUGAUGGAGGAAACCGGAGCGAAGAUCAACAUUCCGCCGCCGUCGGUCCAGAAGGAUGAGAUCAUCAUCACCGGCGAGAAGGAAGGUGUCCUCCAGGCUAAGGCACGCAUCGAAGCCAUCAGUAAGGAGAUGGAGAAGAAGUGUACCAGCGUCGGAGUUGAAGUUCCCCGUGCCCAGCACAAGUACAUCGUUGGCCCGAAGGGUUCCACCAUCCAGGAAAUCUUGGCGAUGACCGGCGUAUCGGUUGAAAUGCCGGCCAGUGACUCUCCCAACGAUACCAUCACUCUGCGCGGCCCCCAGGACAAGCUCGGAAAUGCUUUGAGCGUUGUGUACCAGAAGGCGAACUCCGUUCGUACGACUACGCUCGAGUGUCCCCAGUGGAUUCACAAAUACAUCAUUGGACGCGAAGGUGGCCAUAUCAAGGAAUUCACCGCUCAGUAUCCCAACGUACAUGUGGAGUUCAACGAAGACAAGAUCAAGAUCGAAGGCCUACCGGAGCAAGUGGAUGCUUCGUCGGAAGCGCUGGAGAAAAUGGUCAAGGAUUACACUGGACGUCUGACCUUCACCGAAAUGGUGGUUGAUCCGAUCUACUGCAAGCACAUCAUCGGUAAGAACGGAGCCAACAUCAACCGAAUGAAGGAGGAAUACGAGGUCUUGAUCAACAUCGACGAGAAGGACUUGAAACCGAUCCGCAUCGAAGGACCGGCCGACGGUGUUGAGAAGGCCAAGCAGGAGCUGCUUGAAAAGAUAGCGAAACUGGAAAACGAAAAGGAAGAGUCGAUCGUGAUCGAUCAUCGUCUGUUCAAGACAAUCAUCGGAGCGAAAGGCGAAACGAUUCGGGAAAUCCGCGACAAGCAUAACCAGGUGCAGAUUAUCUUCCCCGGAGCAACCGACAAGUCGGACAUCGUCAAGAUCCGUGGUCCGCGUGAGGAUGUGGACAAGUGCCACAAGUAUCUGACCAAGUACGUCAAGGAGCUGCAGAAGAACUCCUUCGUAAUGGAAGUCCCGAUCUUCAAGCAGUUCCACAAGUACAUCAUCGGCAAGGGCGGUGCCAACAUCAAGAAGAUCCGUGAUGAGACCCAGACGAAAAUCGAUCUUCCAGCAGAGGGUGACAAGAACGAAGUGAUUGUCAUCACUGGCAAGAAGGAAAACGUUAAGGAAGCCCGCGAUCGCAUCCAGAAGAUCCAGGAGGAGCUGGCCAACAUCAUCACCGAGGAAAUCCAGAUCCCACCCAAGUACUACAACUCGUUGAUCGGAUCCGGCGGUAAGCUAAUUUCCUCCAUCAUGGAGGAGUGCGGUGGCGUUUCCAUCAAGUUCCCCAGUCCGGAAUCCAAGAGCGACAAGGUUGCCAUCCGUGGCCCGAAGGAGGACGUCGAACGAGCCAAGCUUCAGCUGGUCGAACUGACCAACGAGAAGGAGCUCUCUUCCUACACUGCCGAGGUCCGUGCCAAACCGCAGCACCACAAGUUCCUCAUCGGCAAGAAUGGCGCUUCCAUCAAGAAGAUCCGGGACCAAACCGGUGCUCGUAUCAUCUUCCCGGGUCCCAAUGACGAGGACAAGGAGGCCAUCAUCAUCAUCGGCAAGAAGGAAGGUGUCGACGAGGCCAAGGCCCAGCUGGAGUCGAUCAUCAAGAACAUCGACAACAUCGUCGAGGAUGAGAUUAGCGUGGAGCCGAGGCACCACAAGCAUUUCGUGGCCCGCCGCGGCGAUGUGCUGCAUCGCAUCUCCGAGGAGUACGGUGGCGUGAUGAUUUCCUUCCCCCGGUCGGGAGUGGACAGCGAUCGGGUGACGCUGAAGGGUGCCAAGGAAUGCAUCGACGCGGCCAAGGCCCGUAUCUUGGAGAUUGUCGAGGACUUGGAGCAGAUGGUUACGAUCGAGUGUAUCAUUCCGGCUCGUCACCAUCGGAUUGUAAUGGGCAAGGGUGGUUCCAAGGUGCAGGGUAUUACGUCGGAGUUCGACGUGAACAUCAAGUUCCCGGAACGAGACGCGCCGGAAGCGUACGUUGAAGGGCAACAAAAUGGCGAUGUGAAUGGGGCAGAGCCCGUAAAGACGACGGAUAUUAUCAAGAUCAGCGGUCGCAAUGAAAAGUGCGAGAAGGCGAAGGAAGCUCUGCUGGCUUUGGUUCCGGUUACCGAGGAGAUUAAUGUUGCAUUUGAUCUGCACCGAUCGUUGAUUGGCCAGAAGGGUCGUGACGUCAAGGAGCUGAUGAAUACGUACGAUGUUCAUAUUGAGCUGUCCCCGCAGGAUCAGAAGCUGGACAUCAUCAAAGUCACCGGUGCCAGAGCCAACAUCGAAGAUGCCAAGGUGGCCAUUGCUAAGAGAAUCGAAGAGCUGGAAGCAGAUCGCAAGGAUCGUGAGCUGCGCUCAUUUGAAGUCAAGGUUGAAAUCGACCCGGAGUACCACCCGAAGAUUAUCGGACGUCGUGGUGCCGUCGUCAACAAGAUCCGUGCCUCCCACGGAGUGCAGAUUUCGUUCCCGAAGCAGGAUGACCCCCAGAACAACAUCAUCACCAUUCAGGGCUACGAGACCAACGCCCAUGCUGCCAAGGAUGAAAUCCUAGGAAUUGUCAACGAACUGAACUCGAUGUACCGCGAGGAAGUGUCCAUUGAUGAACGCGUCCACCGUCGCUUCAUCGGCUUCAAGGGACGCCGUGUCCGUGAAAUCAAGGAAAUGUUUAAGGUGGAAAUCAGCUUCCCCCGUCCGGAAGAUAAGGAUCAGUCCCUGAUCGUCAUCGCCGGCAACAAUCAGGACGAUGUUGAAGCUUGCCGUGAUCAUCUGCUCAACUUGGAGGAAGAAUUCCUCCAGGACGUUGUUACCGCUGCGCCACCGCAGCAGACCACUUUCACCCAGUUCCUGGAGGACUCGAUGAGCAACAAUCGCGAGACCAACAAGCGGGGCGGCUUCGUCGUCCAGGGUGCCCCAUGGGAACGCAAGACCCCCAACACCCAGUCGCAGGAGGACUUCCCCGAUUUCGGUCUUGGAUCGGCUCCAGCUGAACCGGCCCCACAGGCUCCGAUCGCUUCGGCCUGGAACGCGCGCCACUAAAGAGAAGGCGUCAACUCACAUUACACUCACAGCAAUCGAAAGAACAGGAGUGAGAGAGAGAUAACCACAGAGAGAGAAGUCAAUUUUCCUCCUUCAAUAAGAAGAACCACACACACAAUAAUCCAACUGAAUCAGAUUGUAAUAGCAGCGACCGGUUUCGUGACUGACUAUACAGAAAAACUACUUCUCAACAACCUCUAAAAUGCAUCUUAAGGGCUCGUUAUAUUUGAUCUCUCGCUCUCUCAAACGCUUUUUUGUGGUGAAAAAUAUUGCAACCCCUUUUCUACCACCAGUCUGAAAGAAGAAAUCAUGGAGAAAUGAGAAAAAUAACAAUUGAGUGAAGCAACUUUAUACACAACUAAGACAGAUAUCAUUGUUCGUUUUUUUUAAUUA